AUGUCAUUUCAUCAGUUUGCAUCGGAUAGUGGUUACGGUAGUCCAAAUGAUUAUUUCUUUCGAUGCAUGCAUUUAUCAGCGCAAAAUAUUGAUGGAAGGAAAAAAGAUGCAAAUGAUCCAAGCUAUAUUCAUCGUUUUUUUUCCAAGACAAAUGAAGAUAAUCCAAGGAGAAAUGUACAGGCUUGUGGGAAAUUUUUUUGGCAUUUGGAAAAAGUCGAGAAAUAUACAACUGCAGCAAACUCAACUAUUCGAAUCAGAGACCAGUACAAUAUAACAAGAGAAAUUGGUGCCAAAUUAAUUGCUCUUGCUGAUGCAUUUGAUGCCGAAUUUUUUGAAAUUUAA